AUGAAGUUCGGUCUCGUCGCCCUGGCCCUCGUCGGCUCUGCUCUCGCUGUCCCCGUCCAGGACGGCAGCCACCGCGUUCCUACUCUCUCGACCGUUCGCCCGGCCUCUACGACUCACCACUCUACUACUCGUGUGCCGUCCCACACCUCGACCCGCAAGGCUUCUUCCACGGUCACCCCGACCACCAUUCCUAUCUGUGACGUCGAGCACGAGGGUGACAAUGGCGAGCACCGAGGCUGGUGCAAGAAGGCCCAGCACUCGGGCACCUACAAGAAUGGCAAGAGCGACUAA